AACAUGGCGGACGGACGUCGAAAUAAACGUUAAAGGUCGGAAAGAGAAGGUCAUUUUAAUAAUUUUACAGAUUUAAAUUCACAGCAUGGGCAAAGAGAAGGCAGGAGCACUAACACCAAAAGCCAUCUCGAAUAGGAUAAAAGCAAAAGGUUUGCAGAAGCUGCGAUGGUAUUGUCAAAUGUGUCAAAAACAAUGCCGAGAUGAGAAUGGAUUCAAGUGCCAUACAAUGUCGGAAUCACAUCAGCGCCAGCUUUUGUUACUGGCAGAAGAUGUUGACAAGUACAUGGACACCUUCUCGAGGGAGUUCCAAGACACUUUCCUUAAGCUUUUGAAAAGACAGUUUGGAACUCGUAGAGUGAGGGCUAAUCAAGUUUAUCAGGAUUACAUUAGUGACAGGCAGCAUACUCACAUGAAUGCAACUCAGUGGGAAACUCUAACUGAAUUUGUAAAGUGGCUGGGAAAGGAAGGACACUGCAAAGUAGAUGAAACAGAGAGAGGGUGGUUUAUUGCAUACAUUGACAGGGAUCCUGAUACCAUAGAGAGGCAAAAGGCAGCUGCAGCCAAAGAAAAGAUGGAAAUGGAUGAUGAGGAAAGACGAGCAAAGCUUCUUGAAAGGCAAAUUGAAAGAGAACGUGCAAGGAAAGUCGAUGAGCCAGAAUCAGUCUUCACAGAGCUGAAACGAGACGAUGAAGAGGAAAAAGUGACGUUCCUUAUGCCGGCGGCCAAGAAGAAGGAGUCUGAUCCAGGGCCCAGCGGAGUAAUGCAGUCGAAGCCCACUGGCCUGCAGAAUCCACUUAUGUCAGAGAGCUGGAUUCCGAGGGAAAAGAAGAAAGAGAAAGAAAAAGCCGAAAAAAGUCAAAAACGGAAAUCAGCGCUGGAAGAAAUAAUGGAGAUGGAAGAGAAAAAGAAGAUGAAGACUAGUCGGAAGGACAACUGGAUCACAAAAGGAAUCGUUGUGAAAGUCAUGACCAAAAAGCUUGGAGAAAAAUACUACAAAAAGAAAGGAACAAUUAAGGACGUUAAGAAUCUAUUUGUGGCAGUGAUAAAGAUGUCAGAUGGCGGAGACGUUCUCAAAGUGGACCAGGAACACCUAGAAACAGUCAUACCAGCUAUGGGAAAGACUGUCUUGAUUGUAAACGGUGUCCACCGAGGAGUAACAGCUUCGCUCGUGUCCUUGGAUGAAAAGACCUUCUCUGUAACAGUAGAGCUGAAAGAUGGACCUCACCGCGGGAAGAGAAUUGACAGGAUCCCGUAUGAAGACAUCUGUAAAGUGGACACGUGAUAGCAAAAUUUAGAAUCACACCUUAGGUCGCGAAAAAUUGGAAUGUCAGGGCUAAAACAUGUUUGAAAAUCACGCAAAUCAUUCUUAACAAAUAUAUCCGAAAGAAAACUGCGUUAGUAAUCCUUGAGGAAAUUUUUGCCACAGUAUUUUACAACUUGCGCCACAAAGCCACUGAGCUGUAAAGCCAUCUUUUACUUUAUUUAACACUUUUAUGGUAGAUACAUUGUAGAUAUAUUUUCCUUUUCGUUAUGAAACAAUAAAUAAGAUUAAUGAGUGUA